AUGGGAGGGCACACCGCUUUCGCCACAAAAGGCGAGGCAGAUAAAGAGGUGUUUGAUGUUCUGCAACUCUACAACGACGUUUACGAGAAGCUCCUUGCGGUCCCUGUUAUCAAAGGUAUCAAGAGCGACAACGAGAUCGCCGGUGGACUUUACACCGCAAGGGUCGAGGCUUUCAUCCCAAGCGCCAGCCGUGACAAGAAGGGACACAGAUCAACCGUGUGGCAGAACUCGUGGGGUCUCAAUAUCAGAUCGAUUGGAGUAAUGGUGAUGACUCAUGGGGAUGGCAAAGGUUUGGUAUUCCCUCCUUUGGUUGCACCAGUUCAAGUUAUCGUGAUCACAGUUCCUUUCAUUGGCAUUGACACCGAAAUACUUGAUAAAGCAUGUGAAGCUGUUACGUCCACUUUGCUUGAGGUUGGAAUCCGUGCUGAAGCAGAUUACCGUGACAACUAUGCUUGCGGCUGGAAGUAUUCAGACUGGGAGAAAAAGGGUGUUCCAUUGAGAAUCAAAAUUGGUCCCAGGGACCUCACCAAGAAUCAUGUGAGAAUAGUGAAGCGUGACACUGGAGCUAGGGCAGAUAUCCUUAGAGGAGACUUGGUUGAACAAGUUAAGGACAUGCUCGGCAAAAUCCAGAUACGUCUCUUUGACGAGGCGAAGAGAAAGAAUGAUGCAUGCACUCAAAAGGUUGAAACUUGGAACAAGUUCAUGGAAGCUCUCAGCCAGAAGAAACUCAUCUUAGCUCCCUGUGGAGAGGUCUGCCAAUGA